AUGGAUUCCACACCGAAGGAUCUUCUUAUGGAGAUAUUCUCGAGAUUGCCAGCAAAGUCAGUAGGGAGAUUUCGUUGCGUGUCGAAGCGAUGGAGUUCCAUGCUUCGUCGUCCAUAUUUCACUGAGCUGUUCUUGACCAGGUCACGGGCUUGUCCACGUCUCUUAUUCGCCAUUAAAGGAGAUCGAAAAGGUGAGUGGAAAUUCUUCUCGUCGUCUCAGCCUCAGAUGUCGUCUUCUCUUGUAGUAGCCACCGGUUUUCAGUUCAAGUUCUUUGACGACAUGAAGUCAGACUUUUGUGGCUAUGCCUCUGGUUUGAUCUGUUUUUGUGUUACAACGUUCUCAGAAGAGAAUGAGAAUAGAGUGCAUGUAAUAAGUAAUCCUAGCACAGGACAGUAUGCAAUCUUACCUAAACUGGGAGAGCACAGAUCGACGAGAAACUUUUUAGGGUUUGAUCCAAUUGACAAGCAGUUCAAGAUAUUGUCCAUGGUUGCUAAACCAUCUUGUGAUCAUGAUCACAGAAUUCUGUCAUUAGGAACUGGAAAAAUGAAUUGGAGGAAGAUCCAGUGUCCCUUCACCCAUAAGCCUUCCCCUUUUAGAGGAAUAUGCAUCAAUGGGGUUAUAUAUUACUUAGCGUCUUUUGAUCAAACGUCUUAUGUUAUAAUUUGCUUUGAUGUUCGGUCUGAGAAAUUUAAGUUUAUUGACAUAGAAUGUUUUCAUGAUAAAUUGAUAAACUAUAAGGGUAAAUUAGGUGUAAUUCAAUGGAAGUGCGUUGGCGAUGACAGUAGCAUUGAGUUGACUAUGGUUGUUUUAGAGGAUGUCGAGAAAAGGGAAUGGUCGAAACAUGUCUACAUUUUGCCGGAUGAUAUUAAAAUCGUUAACUGGAACCUAAUUUCCAUCGCUGGAGUGACUGCUUUGGGUGAAAUUGUUUUGUCGAUAAACCCUAUAUCUAAACCCUUUUAUGUUUUCUACUACAAUCCCGAAAGGAACGAUCUCCGGUGUGUUGAAAUCCAAGGUUUCGGUGAGAAUCAUGGUAGAGUUAAAGUCAUUGUAGACCAUGUAGAGGAUCUUAAUGUUAACGAUGCAAAGAUACUGAAGUCAAGCAUCUCUGCUCCAUACGCAAAGAGGAAACGCAGCCUGAAUAUGACUAGGAAAAAGAGAAAGGGAGAUGGACAUGAGGUCUGA